AUGGAACUACUCAAAAGUCCUGAAGUUCAGCGGAAGAGUAAUGACGCAAGGCGGAAGGCAAUCACUGAAUUUAAAUCAAAGUAUCCGAAUGCUGAUAUGAGUAAGUUUGAGUUUGAGGUUGACAUAGAUGUUAGUGGGAGUGUAACAGGUGUUUGUACCCACUUUAAGGUCGAUGAUGACACUUCGUACGACAUCACUGGGGAUGGAUUCAAGAGUAACCCUGCAUAUGUGAAGUUUCUCACAUCUUUCAUUGCGACUAAAGACGGGUGGCCAUUGGUUUGGGAUUCACAUGGUAACAUACCGGCUUUCACACAUUUGAGAGAACCUAAGCAUGAGUGGGGAAUUCACCACUACCCUACCUUCCAAAAUGCUGUUAAUUUGGGUUAUCAGAUUCAUAACUUCAAGGUAUACGUUUCUGACAAUGAUUACUUUAACUCAAAGUUCACACACAUUGAACUUCAUGAUUGGAAAAAUAAGUCAAUACUCUAUGAAAACAACAGGGGUACCGGUGCACUUCCGAGUGGUGUUGAGACUGACAUACGCACCGUCAGCAUGGACUAUGUGAAUGAUCCAUACUUUGCACAGGUGUGUUCCGCAUACAUCGCUACCUUCUUGUGCGGCAUUUCUCUUAAGAAUCUUCAGUGGAAUGAUCAUACUCCCAAACAGAUUACGUCAAUAGCUAAGUACCACCUUUAA